UGUUUUAAGUAACACAAAUAUUAUAACAUUGCUUUUGUAAUCAUUUGUUCUUUAAUUUCAUUAUACAACUUUCAUGUACUAAAAACAGGACAUAACAUGGACCAACGCCAUGUGCUCUCGACGAGACCAAAAUAGGCCACUCGUGCAGAGAACAUGUCCCACCAAUCCCACACGCUUCUGGCCUCCAAACUCACACGUGUAAGCAUAAAUAAAAGAUCGUCAGCGUUGGUCAAAGUCCUCCCAUCAACAACACAUCUAACGGUUACGACUUGACCCGAAAACCACAGACUCAAUGAAACGUUCUUUGAUUUUUGACCCAUGACCAGAAUUUUAGGUGAAUCUUUCAAUCUUUAAUUACUGACUUGUCAUCAACAUUAACACAUUUAAUACAACACUUGGGAAUACUAUUAUUCAAAAAAAUUAAUUAGGUUAAAAACCAGUGACGCAAGCGUGCGUUUGACUCUCUCUCUCUUUAAACCCACCUCCACUCACUUUCUCUCUUCACCUUUCACUUAGCAAUUAGCAUCAUCUUCCUUCCCCCAAACACUUUCCCGCAUUUUCUCGCCCAGAUUUUCUCUGACUCUUUUGUUUUUUUUUUCUCUGAUGGGGAGAGAUGAAACUGAGACGUACAUUACAGUGCCAAGUUUCUUCAAAUGUCCUAUAUCUCUAGACGUUAUGAGAUCUCCGGUUAGUCUCUGCACCGGCGUUACUUAUGAUCGAGCCAGUAUUCAGAGAUGGCUCGAUGGUGGUAACAACACUUGUCCCGCUACUAUGCAACUUCUCAAAACUAAGGAUUUUGUUCCUAACCUCACUCUUCAACGCCUUAUCAAAAUCUGGUCUGAUUCCAUCGGCCGUUACAACACCGCUGGUUCUCCGCCACCGUCUGGUAGAGAAGUUCCGACGGUUGAAGAAGUGAAUGUGUUGCUGAAGAGAUUGAUGAGUCUGGAGAAAAACGAUGAGACUCGGAUUGAGAUAUUGUCCAGGAUCGUUCGAUUCGUGAAGGAUUCGGAUUCGAACAGAGAGUUUCUCUCGGCGAUGAAGGAGUUCGUACCAAUGCUCGUUGAUAUUAUACGCACGAAGACGAAGAAGAUCGAGUUAGUUCUAAUGGCGAUUAGGAUUUUGGAUACGGUUAAAGGAGAUCGUGAACGGUUAUCGAAUCUGAUGUUGGCGAAUGACGACGGAGAUUGUUUAACGGCGAUUCUCUUAGCGAUUCAACGCGGGAAUCUGGAAUCGAAGAUUGAAUCCGUUAGGGUUUUGGAUUGGAUCUCAUUCGACGCUAAAUCGAAGCUCUUAAUCGCAGAACGCGACGGGAUUAUAACAGAGAUGAUCAAAUCAAUCAGUAUCACUGAGUCAGAUCCGAGUUUGAUCGAAGCGAGUUUAUCGUUUCUAAUCACAAUCUCGAAAUCGAAACGAGUGAGAUCGAAACUAAUCGCUGCGAAAACAAUCACGAAGAUCAAAGACAUUCUUAUGACGGAGACGUUAACAAACGUCGCCGUCACGGAGAAGUCUCUGAAGCUGUUAGAGACUCUGUCGUCGAAACGAGAAGGAAGAUUGGAGAUUUGUGGAGAAGAUAAUGGAAGAUGUGUGGAAGGAGUGGUGAAGAAGUUGUUGAAAGUAUCUACGACGGCGACGGAACAUGCCGUGACGAUUCUGUGGUGUUUGUGUUAUGUAUUCAGGGAAGAUAAGACGGCGGAGGAGACGGUGGAGAGAAGUAACGGAGUGACGAAGCUUUUAGUGGUGAUACAGAGCAACUGCUCGGCGAUGGUGAGACAAAUGGCGAAAGAUUUGAUUAAAGUGUUGAAGAUUAAUUCAUCUGCUUUGUCUGCUUACGAGACCAAGACUACUCAUAUUAUGCCUUUUUGAUUAUUUUUUAUCUUAAAUAAAAUGAUACAAGUAAUUCUUAUCAUCAAACUAUUUUGAACCUAGUACAUGUUGUAAAUCAUAAGAGAAAUUUUGUCAAUUUUACUAAUAUUCAAAAUUAUAAUUCUCGUUUU